AUGAGAGUCCCUGACCAGACACAACCCACCACCAUGGACGAGGGCCUUCCAUCAGACGCAGUGGGCAGACGUGUGGCUUGUGAGGGGGAGCGUGGCACGGUACGGUUUGUUGGCUCUGUACCACCAACUGCAGGUAAGCUAUUUAGCUAACUAGCUACAGACCGCGUGAGAUAUGGAUAUAAUAGGCAAAAUAACAUAAGCGUUAUCCACAGUGGGUGUGGCAGCACUGUUUGAGUGAAAUUCUCCAAUAUUCUUGGUGAUGCACUAUAACCAAGUACUUAUUCAAUGCCUGUACUUACCAAUGCCUCUGUGCUUAGGGUUGUGGCUUGGUGUGGAGUGGGACAACCCUGAGCGUGGCAAACACGAUGGCAUCCAUGAAGGUGUCCACUACUUCACGUGCAGGUAAAGUAAACCCUAUCUAGUAUCUCCAUGAUGGUAGCAUGAAAUGAAUAUUGUGUAAUUUGGUCAGCUGCGUGAUUAAAUUCUGUGUUCAUACGUGUUAGAAAUUGAGAGUUCUGGCAAAAAUGAAGUCUCCACCCUCGCAGAAGGAAUCCCCCCGCCUUCACCCAAUCCUAAUGCGUCCAAAUAAUCAGUGAUGAAAACCCCAAAACUGGAACUAAUGCUGCUCCGAUCUCACGCAUCCCAUUCCGCCCAGGCAGAUUCUCUUGGUCUACACGCAGAAUCUGCGCACGGGAGAUUAGUGUCAUCCUUCCUCUGGAGAUCCUCAGGUCCAGAUCUACACCAGGCAGCAGGUUGUUUUUUGCAGUGAGGGGGAAUCAUCAAGGAGGAACGGGGAGACGUUUUUAGUUUGGAAUCUGGCCAUUAUGAGUACUUCAAGUGCUGCUCUCAGACCAAGAACAUACGAAAAGGGGGAGACAUUUUUUAGUUUGGAAUACGGCCAUUAGGCCUAUGUGUUCUGCUGCUCUCAGACCAAGAACAUAGGAAAAGGGGGAGACAUUUUUUUGUUUGGAAUGUGGCCAUUAUGUGUUUUGCUGCUCUCAGUCCAAGGUUCUCUACCCCCUCCACCCCGCCUAAGGCACCCGAAGGGAGGCUCUUUCGUCCGGCCCAAGAAGGCCAGCUUUGGGGUGGACUACCUGACGGCCAUCAGGCGGCGUUACGAAACAGAGGUCCAGCAGGUCUUGGGAGAGGAGAUCCAGAUCUCCACGAGGACGGUGGAGAUGGUGGGCUUCGAGGCCAUCUCAGAGAAACAGAAGUAAGGGGACAACAAGGCUUUGGAGCCCGAGAGUGAGAGUGCAUUUUAGUCCAGGACUAGGCUUUUGACUCAGGGAAUCUGUCCCAAGGUGUGCUUAUUUGUACGGUCAACUCUGUAUGUACUGUUUGAAAUAGUUAAGGAAUAUUGUGAAAGCAUGCCACGUAAACCAGAGGAUGCCAGUAUCAGGUCCCCCUCGCAAAAGAGGUUUCUAACCUAAAGGUUAUUCCCUGGUUAAAUAAAGGUUAAAUAAAUAAAUAUUUAGUAAAGAAUGGUUACAAAAAGUAGGCUAAUGCACUUGAAUUGGGACUGUUGAACUGCACCACACUCCAACAGAGUUUGCACAAUGCCGAUGUGCAGUCAUCUGUACUUAUUCAGUGAUGCGUUGUUGUCAUCUGUGCUUCUCCGCAGGGUGGAAAACCUCACCGCUGUUUCACUGAGGUUGCGUGAGGUUUCCAGCCCGGGCCCUGCAAACGAAAUCCGAAACACCACUCCCCGUAUUCUUUCAUUUAGUAGCUUUUAAUUAGUUAAAUAAGUGCCCAUGUAAAAAAAAAUAUACUAUCAAUCAUAUGAAAUUGUUCAUGUUAAUAAUACUUGACUGCACUUCUCUGACCUGGAGUUAAUGUGAUAUGUAGCUACAUUACACCAUGGUUGCGUCCCAAAUGGCACCCCUUUUCCCUAUAUAGUGCACUACUUUUGAAUAGGGCUCUGGUCAAAAGUAGUGUACUUUAUGGAAUAUGUGUGUUAUUUGGGGCACAGCCCAUGUGUCUUGUUAGUAAAUGUACGGUCCAGCCACCCGAUUGAAUUAGCUUGGGGGAAGCGUUGAUUGGACAUUUAGCUGAUGGUGCUCUACUACUACAUCCUUAAUGGCCACUGUCAGACGUGCUGAUGCUGGACCUGUGUGGGAACCUGCUGUGCUGCUGGGACGACGUGAUGGCCAUCACGGAGCAGAUGGAGAAACUCAAAGAACUUCAGCUCAGGUAGAUCACACUGAAUAAUGGUGUGUGUGUGUUUGUGCCUCACUUUUCUCAAACUCUGAUCCCCUCACUGACUGUCUCUCGUCCUCUGUCCCCUCAGCCACAACAGACUGCGUGUGCCCUCCAACCCUACGGUGCGACCCCGGGCCUUCUCCUGCCUCAGGGUCCUCUCCCUCACCAACUGUGCCCUUACGUGGCUUCAGGUGACAGCCACCACACUGUACCCUUCCCUUAGGCAUUAUGGGGCUCUUUCUCAAUUAAUCUUUCCUCAAUUCCUCGCAUCCUCUAUCCUUCCAUCCUUCUCAAAACCCAUUGGAGAAGAAGGCUGGAGGGGAUGAACCUUGGACCUUAUCCUCCAAUAUGGUUGAGAAGGAGGCGAGGCGAUAAGAUGCGAGGAAUUGAUGAAAGAUUAAUUGAGAAAGAGCCCCAAUUUUGUAGGCUGAUUUAAUUUUAAAGUUGUUUUUGUACCAGUUAAUAUGGUAAUAGAUAAUUAAGUUGCAGUGCACAAUAUGUUAAUUAAUGAGCUGGUGCAAACCUAUGAAUGCCUAAUGAAAUGAGAAGAACUUAUGUAGAUGCUGACUCUCUUUACAUUUCUCCCCUCUCCAUUUGGUGUUGGUCUGUUAGCUGCUUGAGUGCGCCCCCAUGUGGCCACUGCUGGAAGAGCUCUACGUCUCUGAGAACGAUAUCACUGAACUGCAGAGGUAAGGUUUGAGCCAUUUUGGGUCUAAGUUCCGAUUGAGUUAUUUUAUUUCUAAAACAACAUAUAGAACUGACUUGUAUUUCCGCCUCUUUCGCGCAGGCCAAACAAUGUCUUACAGUCCUUGACAGUUUUGGAUCUCUCAACAAACCCUCUGGUUGAUGGAACCGUACUGAGUAUUGCCGAACUGCCUAGGUAAGUACGGGCAUAACCGUAUCAACAAAUACACUUUUCAUAACCGUUCACUACGUCUUAUGACAUAGCCCUGUCGUUAGCUUCGACUUGUGCGUUGAUAGUGUAAACACUACUGUUCUUGGGAGUACUUUACUUUCAUGAGCACUAAUCGACAACAACAAAAAAUUGGAUACAUACUAUUAUCCUAAUAAAUAAAUCUAAACAUUAUUAGCGUUUCAAUGAAUAAGCAUUUGUAACAUUUAUAAUAACUUAUGUAGCACUUACAAGCAUGUAUAGUGGCAUUUACCAAAAGUGUAAGCUUUUACAUCCAUGCUUUUCAUGAAUUUCAGACUGGAGAAUCUAAAUAUGUCUAAGACUGGUUUGUCAACCUUGUGGUUUGAUGAUGCGCUGCCUGGUAAAGUUUACGUCCGACAUUGUUUUGAAAACGUUACAUUUAAAAAAAUGUGUUUGUUAAUGGAGGUCAAGUUGAAUUAACAUAUCAGUAGAGGUAGUUGAACAACAUUUCAGAAUGUGGAUAUGUGUUUUGAUGACAGGCAUUUCACAAUGUGUAAAACUGUAAGAGCAAAUGAUCGGCAUUAAGUAUACUGGUAAGAGUCUGUAAAUGAUUAUUUUCUCACGUCUUCUGUAGGUUGCAAAACAGCAAUGUUUCCUGCCCUGAAAAUUCUCGCAGUUAAUAGCAACAACAUUUCAGAGGUGAAUAUUGUCUGUGAGUAAGGUCUCUCUUCUAAGAGAGAUUUUAUCUUAAUGAAAUGUAUCUGGAUAUAUAAAUGAUGAAUUACUAAACAAAUUUGAUGAAUAUCACUAGUCUGCAAAAAGUUAAUACUUGUUCUGUAAAAAUAGAUAGUAGGGGAGAAUGUGAAAGCUUUCUUCUAACUCAACCCUUUCUCUCUCUCUCUCUUUCUCUAAACCCUACACAAACACUCACUUGUGCUUACAUACAAACACACUGACACGGCAAUACAACAAAAAUCACACACAAACACACACUCAUUUACAUUUACGUCACUCACUGACACACACUCUUACAAUCUCAUUCACCCACUGACACGCUCACUGACACACUCACUGACACACACACAGUGGUGGGUAAUAAACGAGCUAGAGAAGCUGCAGAACCUGGUCCGGUUGUCGUGUCGGCAGAACCCCCUGCUGAGCCGGGAGAGGAACCCCAACACGGCCGUGCAGUUGCUCAUUGCCAGGGUUGGCCGGCUGGAGGCCCUCAACAGGUGGACGGUGAGGCUCCAUCCUCUGUUUAACGCUACCGCCAAACCUGGGUGUGUUCAUUAAGCUUCAUUUUGAUACACCCGGGUCUGAACGACAGACCCAGCUGCUUACAGUUGAUCCCCACAUGGCCGACAUGCAAUUUAUACUGGUGCGAUUAAUGGUCAGCCACUGCGCGCGCAAACGUAAAGUGAUAGCAGUGGUAGAUCCAGCUAUAUGCCUCCAUCCCAAAUGAAUGUAAAAGAGAUGCACCAAAGAAAACCAGGAAAUUAGACGGUGCUUACUGUUAUCUUCAUUCUAGAUUGAGGCAUAUAGUAGCUGGAUCUACACAACUGAUGUCGUGGGACGUGGUUCCAUCUAGACAUUGUGAAAUGUUCCUUUAAAGCUAUAUAUGUUUUCUUCUCACCCUAUGAAUACAUCAAUGUUUGCAGAUGCGCUUGCUGUAAUCCUCCAUUCUCUUACCCUAUUACCAUGGUUACCUGUAGAUCCUGCCCGAGGAUAGGAGGGGGGCAGAGCUGGACUACUGCAAGAUGUUCGGGCUAGAGUGGCUGGCAUCCGGGGGACACCGAGACCCCCAGCAGAACCGCCCCAGUGCCGAAUUCACCACACAGCACCCCCGCUAUCAGAGUCUCAUACAGAGUGAGUCAAGAGUGGUACAUUCCUCCUGAGGUUUCCCCGGCACUCUGCUGCAACACCCUAUUUCAGACUGAGAAGUGGUACAGCCCAUCCUAUAUCUACUCCACUAUAGGCAUUUCUGAAGAGAAAAAAAAAGAAAAAACAUUUGUCUCAUUAUCUGCCAUACUACUACACAGGGCAGGUAAAAAAAAAAAAAUCUGAUGCCACCACAACAUAACCAUAUCCCGAGAAAUAAGUGAUACAACGCAACCCAUGUCACCAUGCCAUCAAUCUUACAAAGAGACAAUGGCAAUCCUAAUUCCUGCCCUGUAGUCAUUAUGAGUUCAAUGAAUCGACAGAGGCUCGAUUUCUUUUUUGUUUUUCAGAAUACGGAGCUCCAGAAGACAGCGAACUGAAGAAGCAGGAGCCGUUUGCACUGAAAAAUCAGCUCUUAAGUGAGUCCUCCUCACUUCUCUUAAGCCUAAUUGAUACUGUACGCAACGCAAUUAGCUAAGAAAAAUGGUGAUCCUGUGUAGUUGCGUCAAGUUACAAAUUCCGGGGCUGCACACAUUUGCGUAAGGCAGUGUUUCUUAGUCCUGGUCCUGGGGAUCCAAAGACGUGUCCAUUUUGAAUUUUUGCCCUAGCACUACACACCUUGUUCCACUAAUCAACUAAUCGUCAAACAUUUAAUAAGUGUAAUCAGGUGUCUAGGGCAACAAAAAAUAUGUGCACCCCUUUGGGCCCUCAAGACCAGGAUUAAGAAACAGUUAAGGAAUGAAUUUGAGAGUUUUGUAAUGAUUUGCUACUAACCUAUAAUAAUCUCUUUCCCAGAACUGCAUGUGCUGUGAAUACAUAUACAUAUUUACUCAGGAGAUGAGUCAGAGUAUAUACAUUUCAUUAGUUCUUAAGAGUAAUAUAGAAUUUCAAACUUUUCCUCCCACCAGGCAUAACAUUUGUUUGUCCAGAUGAGACAGACCGAAAAUCUGUGGUGAAGAAACUCCCAGGUAAAGGCUCCCACCUGGCUUCAUCAGCUAGUCAGAUGGCAUAUAAUAUUAUUAUAAUAUUAUAAUAUGUUCAGUAGCUAAGCAAAUGAUUUGAGAUGUGCAUGGAUGUUAGAUGACUUUUCACAUGUGCCGGACUCAGACUCCAGACAGACCACAUAUACCCCCUGGCAAAUUUCUGUCCCUCAUAAUGUUUCUCCCUCUGUCAUUUCUGACUGUGCUUUCAAAUAACAAUACAAAAUAAGUAAGGAGGUUAGGACCCUUAAAUCUCCUUAAAUAAAAUAAAAUAAAAAAAGACUUCGCAAUACUGAACCAAGCUGAGCCAAACUGAGCUGGCCUGGUUACUCAUCUCCAUCGUAGUUGCUGGAACCUGUCACGAUCGUCGGGAACAGAGGACCAAGGCGCAGCGUUGAAGGCGAACAUACUUUUUAUUUAAUAAUUACACGAACAAAACAACAAACAAUAACGUGACGUCCUCGGUCUAACACAAACCACACUGGAACAAGAUCCCACAAUACACUGUGGAAAACAGGCUGCUUAAGUAUGGGUCCCAAUCAGAGACAACGAGCAACAGCUGAUACUCGUUGCCUCUGAUUGAGAACCACCCCGGCCAACACAGAAACACAUGAGCUAGAUAACGACAUAGAAACACAAACACAUAGAAACUACACACCCUGGCUCAACAUAACAGAGUCCCAGAGCCAGGGCGUGACAGUACCCCCCCCCCCCACCCCCCCCCCCACCCCCCCCAAAGACGCGGACUGCGACCGCGCCUAAACAUAAACCGAACAGGGGAGGGCUGGGUGGGCAUUCCUCCUCGGAGGCGGUUCCGGCUCCAGGCUUGACCACCACCCUCCAACAAUCCCCCCGUAGCGCCCCUGGUCCGGUCUGGACCCGCUGGCUGGAGCUGGACUGGACAUCGUUGGAGCGGAUUGCUUAGGCUCCGGUGUGGAGCAGCUGACCGGUACCUGACCAGGCACCGGUGACCCAGGCACGGGCCGGACCGGGCUGACGACGCGCACCACAGGCUUGGUGCGGGGAGCAGGGACAGGCCGAACCGGGUUGACGAAGCGCACCACAGGCUUGGUGCGGGGAGCAGGAAUGGGCCGGACCAGGCUGACGACGCGCACCCCUGGCUUGGUGUGGGGAGCAGGAACGGGCCGGACCGGGCUGACGAUGCGCACCACAGGCUUGGUGCGGGGACCAGGAAUGGGCCGGACUGGGCUGACGAUGCGCACCACAGGCUUGGUGCGGGGAGCAGGAACAGGCCGGACCGGGCUGGCGACGCGCACCAUUGGCUUGGUGCGGGGAGCAGGAACAGGCCGGACCGGGCUGGCGACGCGCACCAUUGGCUUGGUGCGGGGAGCAGGAAUGGGCCGGACCGGGCUGACGACGCGCACCAUAGGCUUGGUGCGGGGAGCAGGAAUGGGCCGGACCGGGCUGACGACGCGCAACAUAGCCUUGGUGCGGGGAGCAGGAACAGGCCGGACCGGGCUGGCGACGCGCACCAUUGGCUUGGUGCGGGGAGCAGGAAGGGCCGGACCGGGCUGGCGACACGCACCAUAGGCUUGGUGCGGGGAGCAGGAACAGGCCGGGCCGGGCUGGCGACGCGCACCAUAGGCUUGGUGCGGGGAGCAGGAACAGGCCAGACCGGGCUGACGACGCGCAUCAUAGGCUUGGUGCGGGGAGCAGGAACAGGUCGGGCCGGACUGGGAACACGCACCACUAACUUAGUGCGGGGAGCAGGAACGGGCCGGACCAGGCUGACGACGCGCACCCUUGGCUUGGUGCGGGGAGCAGGAACAGGUCAGGCCGGACUGGGAACACGCACCACUAACUUAGUGCGGGGAGCAGGAACGGGUCGGGCCGGACUGGGAACACGCACCACUAAGUUAGUGCGGGGAGCAGGAACGGGCCGGACCGGACUGGUGACACACACCACUUGCUUGGUGUGAGGAGCGGGACUGGGUUUCUUCAUAACCCUCCGCUCCCUCAGCUGCCUACACAGUUCCUCUCGCCGUGCCUCUACUCUCUCCUUCUCCCUUAUCGCCUCCAGUAGCUCCUCCCUCUGACCCACUAACUCCUGCUCCCUCUGGACCAAUAGCCCCCUUAACCUGGUGGCCUCCUCUCCUAUUCUCCCGAUACGCCCUGUAGCUGCCUCCUGCUGCCCCGUCAUCCAUGCCGUGUGCCCCCCCCUAAACAUUUCUUGGGGUUGCCUCACGCCUGUCUGACGACGGCACUGUUGGCGCCAUACCUCCUCUCUCGCCAGGGCCUUAACUUUAGCCCAUGGCCCUUUUCCCGCGAGCAUGUCCUCCCAGGACCACCAUUGGCCCACCUGGGCCAUCGCCAACCUCUCCAGCUCCUUACCCGGCGCUUGCUCCUGGACACGCUGCUUGGUCCUGUUUUGGUGGGAUCUUCUGUCACGAUCGUCGGGAACAGAGGACCAAGGCGCAGCGUUGAAGGCGAACAUACUUUUUAUUUAAUAAUUACACGAACAAAACAACAAACGAUAACGUGACGUCCUCGGUCUAACACAAACCACACUGGAACAAGAUCCCACAAUACACUGUGGAAAACAGGCUGCUUAAGUAUGGUUCCCAAUCAGAGACAACAAGCAACAGCUGAUACUCGUUGCCUCUGAUUGAGAACCACCCCAGCCAACACAGAAACACAUGUGCUAGAUAACGACAUAGAAACACAAACACAUAGAAACUACACACCCUGGCUCAACAUAACAGAGUCCCAGAGCCAGGGCGUGACAGAACCGUACUGAAAAGGACAAUGUGAAAAGAAAAUAUCAGAGCCAGCGCAGUCUGGUUCCAUUCAGCACGAUAGUGUGAAAAUGAUAUACAUGUGCCAAAGGUCUUUUCUCAUUGAGCGGCUGGAAAUGAAAGAAAAUCUAGUUAACACCCUCGAUACCUGUGUUGAAUUAUAGUAGAUAAUUUACUAGGCAAUAGGACACAUUUACAUUUACAUUUACGUCAUUUAGCAGACGCUCUUAUCCAGAGCGACUUACAAAUAGGUGCAUUCACCUUAUAGCCAGUGGGACAACCACUUUACAAUGUUUUUUUUGUUUUUUUGGGGGGGGGUAGAAGGAUUACCCUAUCCUAUCCCAGGUAUUCCUUAAAGAGGUGGGGUUUCAAAUGUCUCCGGAAGGUGGUGAGUGACUCCGCUGUCCUGGCGUCGUGAGGGAGCUUGUUCCACCAUUGGGGUGCCAGGGCAGCGAACAGUUUUGACUGGGCUGAGCGGGAACUAUGCUUCCGCAGAGGUAGGGGAGCCAGCAGGCCAGUGGUGGAUGAACGCAGUGCCUUCGUUUGGGUGUAGGGACUGAUCAGAGCCUGAAGGUACGGAGGUGCCGUUCCCCUCACAGCUCCGUAGGCAAGCACCAUGGUCUUGUAGCAGAUGCGAGCUUCAACUGGAAGCCAGUGGAGUGUGCGGAGGAGCGGGGUGACGUGAAAGAACUUGGGAAGGUUGAACACCAGACGGGCUGCGGCAUUCUGGAUGAGUUGUAGGGGUUUAAUGGCACAGGCAGGGAGCCCAGCCAACAACGAGUUGCAGUAAUCCAGACGGGAGAUGACAAGUGCCUGGAUUAGGACCUGUGCCGCUUCCUGUGUAAGGCAGGGUCGUACUCUCCGAAUGUUGUAGAGCAUGAACCUACAGGAUCGGGUCACCGCCUUGAUGUUAGCGGAGAACGACAGGGUGUUGUCCAGGGUCACGCCACACUGAGAAUGUGGCAAAGAGCUUCCUAGGGUUAGAGGCAGAUGGUUGGAAUUUAGAGUGGUAGAAAGUGGCCUUAGCAGCAGAAACAGAUGAAGAAAAUGUAGAGAGGAGGGAGUGAAAAGAUGCCAGGUCCGCAGGGAGUCUAGUUUUCUUCCAUUUCCGCUCAGCUGCCCGGAGCUCUGUUCUGUGAGCUCGCAAUGAGUCAUCAAGCCAUGGAGCUGGAGGGGAGGACCGAGCCGGCCGGGAGGAUAGGGGACAUAGAGAGUCAAAGGAUGCAGAAAGGGAGGAGAGGAGGGUUGAGGAGGCAGAAUCAGGAGAUUGGAGGGAGAAGUAUUGAGCAGAGGGAAGAGAUGAUAGGAUGGAAGAGGAGAGAGUAGCGGGAGAGAGAGAGCGAAGGUUGCGACGGCGCAUUACCAUCUGUGUAGGGGCAGAGUGAGUAGUGUUGGAGGAGAGGGAGAGAGAAAAGGAUACAAAGUAGUGGUCGGAGACUUGGAGGGGAGUUGCAGUGAGAUUAGUAGAAGAACAGCGUCUAGUAAAGAUGAGGUCAAGCGUAUUGCCUGCCUUGUGAGUAGGGGGGGACGGUGAGAGGGUGAGGUCAAAAGAGGAGAGGAGUGGAAAGAAGGAGGCAGAGAGAAAUGAGUCAAAUGUAGACGUAGGGAGGUUGAAAUCCCCCAGAACUGUGAGGGGUGAGCCAUCCUCAGGAAAGGAACUUAUCAAGGCGUCAAGCUCAUUGAUGAACUCUCCAAGGGAACCUGGAGGGCGAUAGAUGACAAGGAUAUUAAGCUUAAAUGGGCUAGUGACUGUGACAGCAUGGAAUUCAAAUGAGGAGAUAGACAGAUGGGUCAGGGGAAAAAUUGAGAAUGUCCACUUGGGAGAGAUGAGGAUUCCUGUGCCACCACCCCGCUGACCAGAUGCUCUCGGGGUAUGCGAGAACACAUGGUCAGACAAGGAGAGAGCAGCAGGAGUAGCAGUGUUUUCAGUGGUAAUCCAUGUUUCCAUCAGCGCCAAGAAGUCGAGGGACUGGAGGGUAGCAUAGGCUGAGAUGAACUCUGCCUUGUUGGCAGCAGAACGGCAGUUCCAGAGGCUGCCUGAGACCUGGAACUCCACGUGGGUCGUGCGUGCAGGGACCACCAGGUUAGAGAGGCAGCAGCCACACGGUGUGAGGCGUUUGUGUAGCCUGUGCGGAGAGGAGAGAACAGGGAUAGGCAGAGGCAUAGUUGACAGGCUGCAGCAGAUGGCUACAAUAAUGCAGAGGAGAUCGGAAUGAAAUGAACUAAACAUCUGGGAAAGGAGAGAGCGGGGCCUCCCUCACCACAACUCCCAAAUAUAACUCUCCCAACUUCCACCUCAGAAACUAUAAUUGUUGUAAACUACAGCGGUUCAAUGUUUUCUAGGAAUAGACUAACUUAGUUUAUUCAGCUAGCUAACUAGGUGCAGUAUUAUUCUGUGAAAAACGUCCGAGCACCUCGUCAUAAGACGCCACAGCCAGCUAGCAUGCCGGUCUCCAACAACACGGUUUAGCGCCAAUACUCGGCGACAACAAACCACCAGUGUAUCAACACGCAAGCAGAUCGUUCGUGUCCGUGUCUAACGUUGUGGGUUAGUCCCGACAGCUUGAGCGAGUCCGUCGUCAAUUUAUUCAGCCAGUUAGUUAGCUAGAAUAGUUAGCAAACUAGCUAGCCAUUGCUUUCAGACAAAGAAGAACCCCUCCUUUCACGGCACGAACACACAGAGAGAGCCAAACUAACGUUAACUAGUCACCCGUGUCCCGAAUUCCUUGAACGACUCGGGCUAUCAAUAUGUAAAAAAACACAAGUGUAGGUUAUGACUUACCCCUAGCAGCUACUGUUAGCUAGCCAAGUGCAAAGCUAGCCACUGAAUUGACUCAGCCAGUUCGCGUCUGUUCGCUCGGUCGUUCCAGCUAUUGUUUACUAGUAGCUAUCCAGGUAGCAACAAGCUAGCUAAAUUUCAAGCACAGGAGCCACUUGCUACCUAACGUUAACGGUUCAGACAAUGAGGUUAGAAAACAGCUGAAUGGUAGGCAAUUAUUGUAUGUAAUUAUUGUAGGCAGCCAGCUGGCGUAAUUACAGGCACUCUCAGGCGUGAAACAACUAUACCGUUGCUAAUAGCUACUCGCCAGCUAGUCCAGGUGGUGAGUUAGCUAGCUAGCUAGCUUCGUGCUACACCCGGCACAGCCGAAUACAAUACUAACCUACAAUAAUUACAUACAACAACCCACGAUACCUACCUACAAUACCUAACUACAAUCUAAAUACAUAGUUUAAGCCUUACUCGACAAAGCCCAAGCUAUGUAUAAAGCCAAGCUUACCCGACGCCAAGCUUACCCGACGACCUCCUCCUUGAGCCUCCCUACUGUUAUUACACAUGUUAUUACACAUAUUACACACGUGUUUGAACAGUGUGUUUUGGCCUCUACAACCAACAACUGCAGACUUUGGAAUGUUUGCACUUGUUAGGCAAUGUUUUGGGCAGCAUGCACACUGCAUAAAGUUGUCUGCUGUUGACCACAGGCCCACAUGUGAAAAUGGCAUGCCAAAUCAUGAAGUGUGGUUUGGAUAAGGAGUUACACUUAUCAACUGUUUUCAUACUCUUCAAUCAUGUUGUGCCAAUGGGAGAUCAUGCAUGUAAGAUGUUAAUGAAAUGGCACAAUCUGUGUGUGACCUGUGUAAGAGCAAUUGAAGUGACGGUAACCUAUUGCAUUUUACAAAGGAUAUUCAGCGGUCACUCCACUCUUUUGAUGUGUUUUAGAUUCCAUGAUCAUUCAGAAAGUGAAGGGGCUGCUCUACAGACUGCUAAAGAUACCGGGUGCUGAGUUGAAACUCUCAUACACUAGCUCAAAGGUAAAGGCGUUUACUGACAACAGCAACUGCUCUAUACUACCUCAAAGGUAAAGAGGUCUAAAUAGGCUAGGUGAAAUGGUCUUACUCACCUAGCCUUGCCCACAGGCUAGUUUUAUUUCUGUGUUGGUGUAGCCAUACUCGUCCACUGCCACUCCUAGGUGAAUGUUAAAUAGACCAAUGGUACAGUCCCACUUUCUUAGCAGUGGAAGGGACUCCCUAAAAUGGCAUUUGUCUUUCCACAGAUGGAGGGCAAAGAGAUUGAGAUAGACAACGACCUGAAACCGCUGCAGUUCUACUCCAUCGAAGAUGGAGACAAGGUCCUUGUCCGCUGGUUGUGAUCCGCAAAGGUCCGGAUUGGUUGCCUGAUGACUCAAACUGAAUUCUUCCGCUUCCGUGGCGUAGCGUUUGGCCGGAGCAAGGA